CACUCCCCUAGCAUUUAGGGUUAAGGGCUACACUUCGCCAGGUGGAUGUCAUGGACAGGCAUAUCACGGCUGGAGAGGAACAGGAAACAAUAUUCAAUUUUGAAAACAUAUCUGUUUUCAUCCAGCAGUAAUGGCAGCUCAGCAUGUCAAGCCCAACUUCAGCCAGCCUCAGGUGGCUGAGUUGGUGAAAAGGCUCUUCAGGCUCACUUCAUCAGAAAUCUGCUCACUGCCGAGCUAUGAUGAUCAGAACUUUUAUGUGGCAGCAGUUGAAGGUGGCGAGUUCGUCUUGAAGAUCAUGAACUCAGAGGACAGCAAGAACUUCAAUCUGAUUGAGAUGCAGACGUAUGCCAUGUCCUUCCUGCACCAGAAUGGACUUCCUGCCCAGACGGCGCUGCCCACCACCUCAGGACAGCUCAUGAGCCUUGAGGAAAUGGAUUGCGGCUAUGGCUGUCAGAAGUACCUGGUGCGCUUGUUGACUUAUCUACCUGGAGAAACUAUAUCUAAGGUUCCUUUAACACCUCAGUUACUGUAUGAAACGGGCAACACAGCAGCCAGAAUGGACCAAAUUCUACUCAAGAUGGAGCACCCUCAUCUUGGAGUACUGCAGAGAGAGAAUUUUGCCUGGAGCCUGUCAUAUUUUCCUGUGUUGGAAAAAUACAUUUAUGCACUGGAUGGAGAUCCUCUACAGGAAGUUGUGAACUCGAUCAUGCAUCAGUUUAAGAACUCUGUUGUCCCCAAACGCUCUGAUUUCCGGAAGUGUAUAAACCACGGUGACUUCAAUGACCUCAAUAUUCUUGUGCAACCUGAUGACAGUAACGGCUACAGGAUCUCUGGCAUCCUUGACUUCGGGGACAUGAACAGUGGCUACUACAUCCAUGAACUGGCCAUCACCAUCAUGUACAUGAUGACAGAACACCCUAAUCCCAUUGAGGUGGGUGGACCCAUUUUAGCAGGCUGGGAAAGUGUCCUUCCCUUGAAUGAGGCGGAAAAGGACUGCCUCUAUUUGCUGGUGUUGUGCCGUUUCUGUCAGUCGUUGGUUUUAGCUCGUUACUCUGUGACGUUGCACCCAGAAAAUGAAGAGUAUCUGAUGAUCACCUCCAAAAGAGGUGUCAAGAUUCUCCAACAACUGUGGGAGCUGGGAAAGGCACAGGUGGAGAAGGUUUGGUUUGAGAGUGCUGCUCAGUUCAGUGACAGAAAGUGAUAUCUAAGGAAAGCCAUUUACAAAUAAUGCUUGACUGGGUGACUACAUUGAGUCACAUUUAUAGGAUGAUUUUUGAAAUAUAGUAUUUUGUGCUCUUUUGGAAAAUUUAAAAAGGUUUUACUCUGAUAGUUGAGGCAUUUUAAAGUAAAAUACUGGGCUUCAUUCACCAGCAUCUUCCUAAAUUUUACACUUAAAUCUGUUCUGAAGAACCUGUUUUCUUAAUCUGAUGAAUGCCAUGUCCAUGUUAGCUGGAGGCUUGCAUGUGUUUUCCUAAUUUGAGUAGAGAAACAUUUCUUUAAUUUCCAGAUAUGGGCAUGAGACUGCAGGGCUGUGUGCAAACACUGAAGCCACACGGAGUUAAAGCGAGAAGUGGAGAGACAGCAUGAAUGCUUCACAUAAUGUCUAAAAAUGAUGAUGCUCUUUAUGCCAGUUGAAACCAAUACACCUCAGUAGUUCUUUACGUAGAUGUAGUGUUCAAAUUGAAAACAAGACAGGCUGACAAACUAAAUGUUAUGAGGCAUUACUUGUCUUGUGUUUUUAAGACCAGUGAGGAUAAAAGGAUCGUUUUUGUGUCAGGGAUUUUCUAAAAAAAACACAGUGUUUAAAAAUUAUUUCAAUGUCAUGUGUUUGUAGAAAUUUAAAAACUUUAAACUGUGAUAAAAUCAUGCAGUGAAGCAUAUGGUAUUGCAUGUCAAGUUUAACAUUACAGUGAUUGAAAGAGUAGAAGAUAACUAACCUUGCAAAGCACAUGGAUUUGCCUGUUCCUGUGUUUCCCACUAGUGAAUCCAUCUUGCAAAGUUCCCAUCUGAACAGUUGGGCCCAGUUAGAAAGUGACAGGACCAAUCAGCGACGAGGGGCAGUACUUUCGGCUGCAGCUGAGUCGUGACAUAAGCAAGCAGCAACAAGAGGCUGGUGCAAUGUUGGCGGAAGAGAUCAGUGUUAAUGCUGCCAUAGUGUCAGUUUUAUCACAACUUGAGGACAUUUCUUUGUUAAAAGAACAAAGAACAGCACUGAGUUGCUUUCUUUUCAAAAAUGAAAAAAGUCUACAGUAGCAAUGGUUCAUGCUAUGCAGUUCUCUAUGGAGUUUACUUCUCGGUAGCGGCUACGUCACAUGUUUUGUUGUUUUGAUUGACUCGUAAAGAUGUGACAGAACGUUCAUUCAAUCACCCUCUGAAUUUUUUUCAAAGGCUCUGCCCUUUCCCAAACACUGUCUAUGGGAGGUUUUCCAGGUGGGGUGUGUGAAAACAAAUCCAUCUGGCGUGUCAGGUCAGAAGAUAAUUGAAUGACUACAUAUGUUUGAAACACAGUCCUGUCUAUCCCUCUUUGUCGAAGAAUAAAUCGUCCAAAUAACAAACACAAACUAGAGAAGCACUCGGAUCUCCAUCUCCUAACAGUAUAGAAUCCUUUAAAAAAAUUUCUGGAUCGAGACGGUUAUCCGGAUCACUCCCAAAAUUUAAUCAGUUCUUUCUUAUGCCAUUCCUGACAUUUCCUGAAAAUUUCAG